GUAAACACGAUGUUUGUGGAUGAUACAGAUGCAUCUUGCAGAAGAUUUCUACCUUAAAUAAUGAAUCAUGAUGCAGAAUGGAAACAAUGCAUUGAAGAAAGAACUUUGAUGACCUGAAUUUUUUUCUUGAACAUGGGAGACUCAGAAAGUGAUAGUGAAAAUGGAACUGAAGAAAGAGUGUUACCAGCUAAAGACGUGUACCUGUUAAUGAAGAAAGAUUACAGAAUAUCGAGGAACAUAAGAGCAUCAUGGUUUUUUCAUCACAUCAACUCAGUAUUAGAAUUUUCACCAGAAUCAUGUGUGGAGGAGACCAACAAAGAGCUAACAGUGGUGGGGGUGGUGAUGGAGGAGGAGGCAGUGGUCCAUUUUGGGACUGACGAUUCCCCCAAUGCCUCCCCACCACCACAGACUGAGCGGGCCUCUAUCAGUUUCCGCCUGGUGCCCUCCACUGUCGUCCAUUUCAUCGCCAAGAGAUACAGACUUGUCUUUGUGUUAGACUUCAGCCCCUCAGCUCUCUCUGUGGACUUGAAAACUGGAGAAGUGUUUGCAGACAAGAUUUUUGACAGCUUGAAGAAAUGUUUGCUUGGAUUGGUGAAACCAUUUCCACUUCCUGGGACAAACCUACUGUUUGAGUCAGAACUGUUUAUCACUGUUAUAGCCCACACCCCUAUGGUGGUCUGUACCACUAACCAGGUUUUAGUUCAGGGCAUUAGAGUGACUGCUGCCAAUGUUGCUGUGGUGUUAGAUGCGGUGAGAACCAGUCUACAGGUGUUUGAGCAGAGUUUGUACAACGACAUCAACCUGCCCACUCCAGAUAUGACAAAUCUUGGAGACAGUUUAUCGAGGAUGGAGCUUUCAAACCCAGAUCAGAAACCUCGCACCAGGAACAAGUCGGCUGAGUUGGCCAUUAAUCCUGAGGCUGGCAUCAUUAACUUACUCAGACAGGGGUUCUUUGCUCUACAGUUACUGCCCGAGAACUCUAGUGCAGGAAUAGUUGUUGUGACUGAUGGGAUGCUGGGAGUGACAGAUUUGAAUCUAUUUGACACUCUGCUGGCCCAGCUGAGGAGUAGCACCAUAGCGUGCUCAUUUCUCAGGAUUGGACAAACUCAGUGUGCUCGCUGCUCCUUUGGGCUGGUUCCUCAUGUGGAAUUGUUACAGUUCAUUUCAUCGACCACAUUCGGAACAUACAUAGGAGAUCCUCCUGAUGAGAAAGAAGAUUACCACAGGAAGCUGCUGAUCUGGAGUUUCCAGAAAUCUAUCAGGGAACCUCUACAUGUUCUACCUGGCUACAACAACAGUGCAUGUUCUUAUAUCAAUGUGUAUGCACAUCCCCUUAAAGAUUACCCAGACCUGAUUCCCAUUGAGAGGAAGAGGCAGAUGGAUGUAAAACUGAACACCUCUCUCUCCAGUGUUCUGUCUAUCAGGCUUAGAGAGGGCUUCACUCUAAGGAAUAUCAUCUUCUUAAGAGGAGAAACUCAGAUUAAGGUGGAGCUGGCCUUGUUAUGGAGAGACUAUGUCAAGAUAGAGUAUUGUGCCACUGCUGCCUGGCCACAGGAUAAAUCAAGACAACACCAGACACAUGUUGAAAUGUUUGUGGAAGGGAGCUAUGAAUUCCUACACGAUGCUUUCUCCAAUGAAUGUACUCUGACAAUGUCCAGGUGGAGUCCCAUCCGACUCAACCGAAGAAAGAAAUUCCUAUUAGCACUAACUAAACUUCGUCAGAGUGACGUGUUACUGAGUCAUCUUCAGGGCUUUGCUUCCAAUCCUGUAAAUUACAAGUUACCGGACAGUAUAAAGAAUGGCCUCUCUGUGUUCUACAUACCCCUCCAGUCUAGUACCCCAACCCUCAACUCUCAACACAACACAAAGGAUGCUGUUUUAAAUCAGUUUGUCACAUUCUGGAAACCAGUGGUUCAUUUGGACACAAAAAUUUGGCAGAAGUGGAUGCACAGUCACCGGAUAGGUAUGGUGCUGGAACAUGACCGCCCCUUGUCUAAGUACCUACACAUCCCCGACUCCUGUGGGAGGUUCUACUUUGUCUUCUGUCGACAAGCUCAGCUGGCCCUACAAACCCUCCUCCAGAGCUGGAGUACAUUUGUACUGGUGGAAAACACUGCUUAUGUCAAGUAUUUGUAUGAGGGAGAGUCUCAAAGUUCUAAAGAGCAUCCCACCCAUUUCCUGCUUUUGAGAUUGUCCACUUCCAAAGCUCCCUGCAUGACAAUCAAAGCGGCUUUCCUGGGAGGAGCCUCAGGUUCCAUGAGAUACAAAGUGCUGAAGGAACUCAAAACAAAAGUAUUUGCCCUGAAGUUUAAACAAGGAGGUUCCCAGAUAGAGAAGAGCAAGAAAUCUCCAAAACAGGAGAAAGAGACAAUGGUUAAGAGGAAGCCACCCCUAAGCAGGGAUUGGUCAGAGACGCCAUGCUGCAUCAUGUUGACCAAACCCAUGGAAAAUAUUCUUAUCAGUUAUGAGCGGGUACCUAGUGACAUGACAAUAUUAGAGGAUCCCUCUCGUUACUUCCCUAGUCACAUGACAGCACAACAAAUCGCCAACAAGACGGUGCUGGCAAAUGCCUUCAACACAUUGUCUCGUUACCUGUAUCAUCAGCGCUGGAUUUGGACCAUCAGACAAGGAAAGGUGGACAUCAGUAUGCAAGCUGUGGGCAAAAUUCUCUCCACGCUCACCAAAAUAAGGCUUCAGGAAGGAUUCCAUUUUGCCUCCAGUAAUUCAGGAAUUGUCAACAUGGUGCUAGAAACAGAUAUGAGGCACAAGUCAGAGACAGUCAGUUCUGGGACAGAUGUCAGUAGAUGUGUGGUACAAUACGUGAUAUUCCCCCCACAAGUCAAAACUUCAUGUACAAGUGUCUCAGAAGAUGACAUGGAUAUGUUUGAGCUGACUGAAGCAGACGGCGACCUACAGAUUGUGACAGAAUGCUGGAUAGAGCCUCAGUAUGGAGUUGUUAUAAAUAGCACGCCAGAACGCCAGCACUGGGAGGGACUGACCUACAAACAGAUUGCCAGGGCGUUUUAUCCCAAAGACCUGGAAUGUGUGUCGAGUCUGGUGACCUUUGAGAACUUGCAGUAUGUUUGUCAACACCCUGCUGUGUUUGAGGACCUGCUACCAUGGCAACCAGAGGGGAGCAUUUGCAGCAAUGCUGCGUCCAGCUCUCCAUAUGAUGAUGAGUGUCGUAGGGGGCCAAUUUUACCCAACAUUCACCAGAUGCCGCUGGUGUUUGACAUCCUGUCAUUGGUGCCCAAGAGUCAACAAGCAGAACUGCUCUUUUCUUCCUUUAUUCUUGUGAAAGAGACAGAUGAAACCUUCAGAGAUAUCAAAGGCUCCAACAACCUGCUGCUGAAUCUGUUCUUCGGUGAAAUCAAGGGAAGAAAAGUGCAGGAGAUCCCCCUCAGCAUCACAGACUCUCGGAGGUUCCUGCAGCUGUUGGUGGGCAGGGACAGAGAUGUUCAAAACAAUCCAUAUCCAUUUGAUGUCAGCAAUGUAAAACAUACCAUAGACAAAGCACCUAGUCAACCUGAGAGUCCCAAUAAGUCACCCAAAGCUGUAUCUGAUUUGGAGGACAUUCCACAUUGGAAGUGCUUUGUGUCGUCUGCUAGUGCUAAUAAGCUUUUCAUCAAGUUUGUGCCAGCCUCUUAUGAAGAUUUGCUGAAAUUACAUGGGGCUAGUGUAGAGACUAAAAAGAAUUCCUUGACAUUGAUGAAAGAGGCGGUGCCAGACAAAGUGAAGAUUUUAGAAAAUGCAAAGGUAGAAAGGCAGAUGUCUUUAGAUAAAGAAAAUGCAAAGGUAGAAAGGCAGAUGUCUUUAGAUAAAGAUGAAAAGAAGGUGGAGGGUGAAAAAGGCAUGGAAGAUGAAACAGACAAUAAAACCACAGAAAAUGAGGAGGGAAAAUCUAAACCUCUUUCAUAUGUUAUACCAGUUUACUUUUAUGAAUGUCACCUACAAAAUAUAACAGACUCUCUAGUCAACCCUUGGAACUUUUCGAACAAAGAAGACAUCUUUGAAGAUUGGACCUUUCAAGUGGAUGAGGAGUAUAAAAGCCCAGCCCUAAAGAAGCCUUCGGUAGAUUUGAGUGCCUUUCACAAGACAACAUUAGAGGAAGGAGGAACGAGUCCAACAUUUAGAAUCCAUCAUGAACGCCGCUCAACAGAAAACAGUGAUAGUGAGGAUCUCGUACAACAGUCCACUGACUUAAGGGAGUACUACUGCAGCAGUUUUUUAAAUGGUGUCUUUCAGAGUUUACAGCAAGGUUUUCUGGUAGAUCGUCAGGACAUAGAGGCAGCCAUAAACAACAUCUGUGAGGAGACGCACCCCAUUGAGAUAGAUACGACUUCCUUCCUGCAUACUUCCUGUCGUCACUUUCAGCAGCUGGUAGAAGAAGCCAAGACCUCGGUAGCACUGGUGGAAACAACAGAACACAAAGAAGAUGGCCUGAAAAGACAGACUUCUGUCAGAUUUGCUGAUGAAGUAGAUGGUGAGUUGCUGACCUUUCCGUCCCUCCCUGCUGUGCUUCAGAUCCCCCGAGGCCGAAUUCGUCUGACAUCCCCUCCCCUCCCAGACAAAUGUGAAUAUUACGAGGGACUCCAUGACAUCAUUAGGGGAAAGUUCCUGGACAUCGUCAAUAAAUGGUUCAAAGUUGUGCCGUCUGCUCCAGAUUUUUACUUCUACUGUCCAGACUCUGUACCAAUGGAAAACAACAAUGAUUCAGACAACUCUGACAUUGUUAAAUCUGAGACCAUAACAGCAGAAGAACAGGCCAUAACUACAGAAGAACUACUAGACGACAGUAUCGGCUUCCAGGAGCCUGAGCAGGACUCGGAUCAGAAAAACAAUCCAGAUUUUGCCUCCAUUGCUUCCCAGAGGGACUCGGAUGAAACAUUGUCUUUUGAGGAAUCAGAAUACGACUUUUGCGAGGAAUUGAAGUUGCAUGAAAACGAGGAUGACUCGGUGCCACUGUUUUUACAUUUUACUUGUACUGUGAAAAGUGGCAUCCAAAAUGAAAAUGUUUCUGUCAGGAAACUGGUGCCAUGUAUAGAGGAGUUGUGUGAUGCAGAAGAGAUCUCUGUGAUGGAGGUUAACCUGGCUGAUCUAAAAAUAACUCUGGAUAUAAACUGCCUGACUUACCAAUCCGAGUCGGAUGUCUGUGAGACUACACAGAUCCCAUUCAUGCGGUUGUCGUCUUAUAACUCUGUAGGGAGUGAGGAAUCACCGCGAGUUUCUGAAAGUGAAAACGUAGAAGUAAUAAGCUCAAUUGAUCCUGGUAACCAGUCAGGAGGAGAUCCAUUAGGAAAUUUACCUGUACAGCAGCACAAUGCCAUCAUGAAGUGCAAGGAGGAGCUUGAAUGGCUUCUAAAGGAUGAAAUAGCUUCUUCCCUGCGACACCUGAACCCAAUCAGGAAGGAUGCCCUGCAGUACGUCACAGAACACAUCAAGAAUUCCGCAUGUAAAGGAAAGCCAACCUGCUCAUUUGAGAGUGUGCCUCUGCAUUUCGUGUAUGGAUCUGAUGUCAGCUUGAUUAAGUUUAGAGAGGAAUUUGAGAGAUUACACAUGCAUGGCUUCCGAUUGAUCAAAGAGGAGGACUACUAUUUUGCCGUGAAGUUGAAGAGUCACUGUCUAGGACAUCAACCUGAUGUGAAAGCUUUGAAAAACGCUCUGGUGGAGCUGAGUAAAGAGGGAUCACCUGCUACUCAAAACGCUUCUUUGGAUAGUCUUAACGAUCCUACAGAGGACAGUUUCUUAUCCAAGGAGGCAGGGGUUCUAAGAACUUAUGUAUCUCCCAGAUUCUGUUCCCCUGAGACUUUCAGAAAUUCAGGUCAUGUGAGGCAGUUUUCCUCAGACAUCAGUGGUAGUGACGAGUACCCAUCACCAGCAAUUCGAUUUGAUAGAGUCACUUUUGAAAAGCAGGUCUCUCCCAAUGGAACAGUGGAACUUCGUCAAAAGGAGGUACAUAUAUCUGAGGGCAAUGUACUGUUGAGUGAUUCUAAACUCAUUGAUUCGAGGAGGAACUCUAAAGAAUCCUCAACAGGCCAGGCAUUCAGUUUUAGUGCCAGAAAGGACAGCAAUACCGACGACACAACAUCUGAGAGCGCCUCAGGUCCCUCCAGUAACCCAGAGGGACAACUCUCAACCAUUGCACCUAUACAGCCCUCCAGCCCCAUUGUUACACAGAGUGCAAGCAACAAUGAUGAUCUUCCGGAUGCUUUCCUGAGGAAGUCCUCCAGUUUUGCUGGGUUUCAGAAUGAGCAGACGACAGAAACCUUCAGCAGACAAGAGUCUGUAACCUCUGUGCUCCAGCUUCCAUCCAAGCCACGGGGGACUCCUCAGCUUCCAUCCCUCGGCAGACUAAGGCAUUCCUCUGCUCCCUCUGGGCAUGGUACACCUAGGAGCAAGAACUCCACAGUUCCACAAACACCUUCAUGGUUGUCUUCAAGAGGAAGCUACACAGAGGAAGGAUAUGAUGGAGGGACUAGUGACAGUGAGGAGGGUACCACAGCCUUCAGUGACGUGAGUGGACUACAACACCCCACCCCUAAAUUCUGGCUCAUCCUGGAGGUCAAGGAUGAUAGAGUGGACAUGUACUAUCACUCAAGAGAGACAGGAUUAGCUGGUGAGAGUGAAGAUCUCCUAGAACAAAGAAAAUUGAUGUCAAAUGUUAAGAAGAACAUUGAGUCACUCUGUCGCAAAGUUAAUCAGCUACUGCUCCUGAAUGACUUGUAUGAGACUCGCAUGUGUAAAAACCUGCUGGUGGCAGAAGCUGAUGAAGACGUCUCCUGGAAUGUGGACACAGUACCGGGGAAGCCUCCAUCUUCCCAUUCAGAAGAUGAAGAUGAGACCUACCCAGGACUACAGUACCUGGCAGCAGAGAACAAGUACCUGCCCGGACACUUUGAGUGUGAGAGUGUGAUGACCUACAGAUUCAUCAUCCAUCCUCGGCUCAAAACGGGAACGGGAAGAACCAAUGUCAGCAGAGGUGUUCAAGCUUUGAGGACAGUUCUGAACAAGUUUUCUGUGAACAACAGGAAGAAUAUGUUUGUGAUCAAGGAGUUGGAUGAUUCUAACUCUGUAUACUAUCUAAGACUGAGGGAGGUGUUGAGGGAAUUGUCCAGCAAUCUGUCCAGACAGGUCUCCAGUAUCAGCACUGAAGAUUUUGGACUUUGUGAUUCAGCUAGUUCUAUGAUGUUUGCUGGGAGAAGAGAGGAGAUGGCCUCAGACAAGGACCCAGAUACGGUUUCUCUGACCUCUGUAGGGAGUUCUACCCAGAGGUCACCUCAGGACCUCAUUGAGGUGGAGGUGUAUGGAGUACAGGCUGCUGGUACUACACUGCAAAUGCAUUUAAUGGACAUGUUACAGAAGAAACUAGAUGAUGCUGUAUUAGAUAUCAUCUCUGUACAACUCAUUAGGAAUCCUAAUAUCAAACUGAUGCCACAUGAUAUUCAUUUUAUACAGAAGCCAAACCAGGACGUGAGUUUGGAGAUUUUCCUGACAAUCCCCGGAAUUCUCCCGAUCCCCCUGUCAGCCCUGAUGUACUACCUCAAACAGAACAUGUCUCAGUUCUCACACGCCCCCAACUAUGCCGACAACAAACCAGAGCACAGGUUCCAGGAUAAAACUGGUCUCGUGUCACAUCCUAUACCAGAUGAUGAGGUGUUUCUAUACAUCAGACCUCAGCCCUCAGGUGGAAAAGGAAUUGCCUGUGUAAGAGUGUCUCUGGUUGAUGGACAGAGAAAUCUGGUUCCUUUGUUAACCUGCCCUAGACCUUCCCGGACAAAUUACAGUAAAGUAGAAACAUUGGAGGAGUUUGAUUCCCUCACAUACACUGCCCCUCUCAGUCCAAGACGUCGAAGCAGGGCUGGUAUACCAGGUCCCACAGCUCUGGUGCAGUUUCGGAUUUGGGAGAGAGGUUCAUCUGACCUUGACACCUUCAAAGAGAAGCUGAUUAGUGCAAUGAAACAUGCCCUUAAUGAUGUCAUAAUGGAGUAUUACUUCCUUACCUCCUCCAUCUGCCAGGUGCCCCAUCAACUACAUGACAUUCUCCCCACCCCAGCUCUGUCUGCCCCAUCCUCACCAGUCAUUACCAAAGAAUCCGUUGAAAAGAGACAUUCAGCCCUUUCUAGGAAGAACUCUAUGGAGAUUUCCAUUAAAUCCCUCAGUACCAGUAAGACAGCCCCGUCUCCCCUGCAGUUUAUGAAGGACACGUUUGGGUCCUCGAGGAGCAGGUUAAUGUCACCCCCACCAGACUCCUCCUCAAAGGUCUUUGAGUUUCCAAGUGUUCCCUCCCCUGUUACCUCUCCAACACCAGGUGGCAGUGUAACAGAUAAAGGCUCAGAUGUAUAUCAGGCGAUAAAGAUGUAUGAAGAUGGAGAAAGAGGGAGUCUGUGUCCUAUCUUCACAGAGCAGAUGGGCAGGUGGCUGGAAUACUGUCAUAAACAAGGUGCCCCAGCAGUAAAUAAACUUGAGCAAACCUUUGUAUCCAGACUCAGUUUGGACCAGUUUCUGAUGGAGUUCCAAAGUCUUGUGAAGACGGUGACCUCAGGAAACGUAUCCCCUCGCAUAUUUCGACAGGACCCUGACCAUCAUGGGCAGUCUGGCCGCUGGGUGCAGUACAACCCUUGUAGAAAACCAUUACAUACAGAGGAAACGUACAAGGAAAGCUCUCUGGAUUACAAACAUUGGUCUGCAUCACAUACCUCAGAUGUAUCUUUCAUUGUCAUUGGUCGAAAUGUUGACCAAUGGCAAGCAAGUAUCCAAGACAUGGGGGAGGAUGAAAUAGCAGAUAUCAAUAUGAAGCAGAGCCAGAAGGAGAAAGCUUUUCCAAAGCAGUCCUUCCAGAGAUUUGCUCCUUAUCUGUUGGAGAAAACAAGACGUGAAUCCUUGACUGACCAGACAUCUCCUGAUGCUAUAGAGAUGAGUCCAGUAGGGUCCACCAUGUUUAUACCCAGACAGAGGCUGCUCUUUCUUCUACUGAAGAACAGAAAGCUGGUCCUGUACACAUACAACUGGGCAGGGGACUCCACCAAUCUUCUGACUAAGUCCACCACUCGUCUUGUGCAGUGGCAGAAUGCCAGAGUCAGUCUGUUGAACAGUGUGGUGGCCCAGAAGAUGGGGCUGUUCAGUCACUGCUCAUUCUAUGACCCAAAGAGUAAUAAGAAGAACCCAUUUGCUGGAACCAGCACCAAUUUGGAUGACUUGAUAAAAUGUACAGCUCCCCCCAGUGACAAGGGGCGUCGCCAUAACAGUAUGACCACUGUAGUCACCUCAUCCUAUCGUGCGUUUGAUGAGGUCUAUAAAGACCUUAAACCUUCCAAGCCUCUGCAGAACACAGAGUUUUACAAGAUGUCCGAUAUAAUUAAGCAACAAUGCUUCCAAGCCCAGGACCUCAGAUUACAAGAUAGAAGAGAUUUGGAGAAACUUGAAAAAUUGCGCAACUUGUAUUUACUGUGGAGUCAAAAGUCAACUGCCCACAUGCCUAUUAAGGAAGAGUUGCUGAACCUUCUGAAGAAGGCCUCUAGACUACUACACUACUGUGCCACGCCCCUUUUGUUUGACCCUGUCUGGAGAAGAAAGGUCAUGAAGAAAUUUGAAGUCACACGGAGACAACUCUCGGUUUCCUCAACGACAGAGAAAGUGCGUUCAAGACAUAGUUCUGGUCAGUCAGUAUCAAGUAUGAGAGCCAUGAGGACAAAUAGUCAGGAAGGCUUAAAAAAGAGGCCUGUGACCACGCCCACAGACUCACCUGUCAAUCAACCCAGGCUUCAGAGAGAGGAGGCGUGGCAUAUAGAACUCAGACACACCUUCCUUCACCAGUAUAUCAAAUAUGUCCAGUCACUGGGCUUCAUCUCAGUCACCCUUCAACCAAAUCUUCACUCAAAAGGAACACAUAAGAAGAGGUCCUCUUAUGAGAAGCUGUCAGUUCACGAGGAAGAACUUCAUCCACCCCACACACAGUCUUCCACCUGCUACCUUCACAAGGCGAUGCCUGCAGGGAUCAUGUUGAUGGAGCUGAGUUUUAGGGAGCAGUACUUCUGUGUGGAGAUGUUUGUCUGUGAGAACACUCGUAUUGGAAUCCCCAUCAAUAAACAUUUGAAGUUACUUUUUGUGGAGGAAUGUGAGAAAUGCAAGGACUUGAUACAUGUGCAUUCUUUUGCGCAUGACUUCCAUCUGCGCUGUAUUCAGUCAUGCAUGCAGCCUGUACAGGCCACUCAGUCUUUCUUUAGGCCUCAGUAUCAUCUGACAGGAUUUCUGAGAGAUUUUUCACAGGUGUAUCCAUAUCCUCCAAAAUUCUCCAGAAAUUACCUGAUGGAAGAUUCAGUUUCAAUUUCCAAUUUAUCAACUAAUGGAAGUGACCUAUAUACCUUCAUGGUACAGAAUAACAAACUGAAUGACCUAAAGAAGUUUGAGAUGGUCCCCAGUGUUGACCCAGAAAUUGACAGUGAAUUCUGUUUUGUAAAGGCAACAGAGUAUGCCCUGGUUUCCCAUAAAACAGUUCACAUCCCUCUACCUCCAAAGAGCAACAAGCCAAAUCAUGAAGAUUACUUUGUGGGACUGGUGAUUACACAAAGUCCAUACAGUGAUACAGACAGACAUACAUUGAAACUGAACUAUUUCAUAUUAUUGACGAGUCAGUCAGAACUGUUUCCUAGUGACCCAGUAGAAACCAAAACAGGAGAGUUCAAGGCCAUGGUUCUUCAGGAACUUUCAGAUCGCUCCAAAAUGGUUCCUGUCAAACAACACAUUAGUGUUCGAAAGGAGGUCCUGAAAUUCCAGAAGAUGAGUAAGAUUCAUAACCUGUCACUGUACAAUCUGCUGGAAAAUGAAAGAGAGCUGGCAAGGCAGAAAAUAGAUGAUAUGAUUGAGAGGUCAGAGGUCAAGUGUAGAAAGGACUCUUUGUGGCAGAGGAUGCUGAUUGGUGGGAAACUGGAAGAAAAAGAUAAUCUGCAAAAGCUGGAAUUUGAGGAAUUUCUGGAGCUCCUCGGAAUGUCGGUGCAAGUGUCCUUGGACUCAGUAGAUUCCCAGCUGAUUCCUUUCCUCAACAUGAACUUACUGUGGUACAAUGGUCUGUUCAAGAAACUCCAGACUAAAUAUCCUGAUACUCAUAGAUGUUUCUCCUCACAAGAUGGACAAGUGCAAUAUAUUGUUAUUCUGAAUCCAAAUUAUGUGGACAUGUUUUCCAUGUUGAUGACAAAUUCUAGAGAAAAUAGAACAUUUUUAGGUGCUGUGUAUAGGGACUCCCUGAUGGGUCAGGUGGACACGCUGGAAUCCCCCAAUCUUCCCGUACGGAGUGUCCAGCAUCACAUGGAGGACUUUGUCAAUGUUUGUAGCUAUCAUCUGUGGGCUUCAAUGCUGUGAACAAUGUUAGUGUGCAGACAACCAUAUGUGUCUUCAAAGCUGUGAUAUACUUUUUGCUUAAUUUUUUUUUUUUUGUCGGAAGUGUAUAACACUUGCAGAAUUUCAUAAACAA